GCUGUGCCGCCGUGCCGCACCGGUGAGCCUUUAUGUUCCUUUGUACAUUAACUGUACAACUGUACUAUAUAUAUUUUUAAAAAGCUUGACAAUAAUAUGAAAAUUUAAAAAAAAAUCCAAAAAAUUGCAGAUGGUGCUGUUGUGUUAAGAUUUUGGCCCAGCGUGUUUGCACGGUAUUUGUGGGCAGUGUGUGCCCUAGUUUAGUCGGUGUUUGCUGUACCCUGCACUGUUGUACAACAUACAGGCACUCUGUACAGCGGACUACUGCUUCCCACAAGUUUGACCUUCCAGCUGAAAAGUUCACUGCUUUUAUAUGCUCGUAAUAGUCAUAGGAAUAGUCCAAUUUGGACGUUUAAUGGGAUAUUCCAGUUAGGGUGCCUUCCAUCAAGCUACCUAAUUAACUAGUUAUAUUUGUGUUCUAUCAGAAAUUGUAUUUUAAACAUAGAUAUGUUUUUCCACCGCAGUUAGGCAAUUAAUGGUCCUGCAAAAGCCUUGCAAGAUUUGUCAUUACAGAGAUACUUCUGAGAUGGGCGAGCAAUUUCUCCAAGUCAUCUAAGAUGACUGUUGUGUCCGGCUCCUAAGGCACCGUGUGAACUUGCGCACUUCAGUUAACCAUUGAUUAAAGUGGUUGCAUACAUAUGCAUGCUAUCUUGCCCAUGUUUCUCAGAAGUGGAGUAAGGAGCACAUUUUGUUAAAUGCUUUUUGGGAUAAAAUGUUCACAUGUGCAUUGUUGAAUGUUCUCUGUAAGAUAAAUGCAUAGAUAUACUUGUAAAUAUGGUCACUGAUCAGGAAAGGGCAACGUCUGAAAAUGUAAGAUAGCUGCCACAUAGAGAAAAGUAUGAUGAACACAGAUAAAAAUGGCGGAAGAUAAAUGUUCAUAUAUGACAACAUGAAUCAAUGUUAGAAUUUUGGACUCGGUAAUCGAGAACGUUACCAAACAAGGUGUCCCAGCCAAUGUUUUGUGGCAUUUCAUAGCAUCUGCUAUGUGAAAAAUUGCAUGCAGCAGGUGCAAAGAACUUUUAAAUAUAAGAAAUCCACGUGAACGCACUGUUUGCAGUAGGUGUUUGAACAUUUCAACCAGUGGACAUGAGGAAGUUGCGGCCAUUUGGAAUAAUUUGAACAAGAUUGUUGCGAUUGGAACUGCAUGGGUGGUGGUAGAAUGUGCUGGGAGGAGGAGCGUGUCUCGAGAAGCUUGCUGCCACAACAGUGACGCAUGUGGGAUGAAAAUGAACAGCCAAGUAAAUAUUUACCCAAGGCCUUGGUCCUGAGAGGAAAACAAACACACUCAGACUAAUAAACAGGAAAACAAUGUUGGAUGCUGUGUCUCCUAUAUCUGUGUGGCUAGGACAGUCCAGCUGUUUGUCUCAUUCUCCAUGACAACGGACCUCAGAGAGACCUGGUGAACCCAAGUUCUGUGUCUCAGUUGACCACUGUAAAUUAGUGGGUCAGAAAUGUCUGGAAACUGAAGUUUCUAAAGAAACUAAAUGUCAUCUUCACAUGGUAUGUAUUUUUCUUUAGCUUGCUCAAGUGUUUCUUUUUCAUAUUAUAAUUACUUCAAGGCUUACCUAACACCUUUAUCCAAAAAUACUUGCUGUUUUAUGCAUUUAUAAAGCUGAAUAUCUUGCUGUAACAGUUCAGGUUACAAUUCUCAAGGGUGCGCAGAUGGUGUGCUUGCCAGGACCGGCAAACUUUGGAUCAGAAGUUGUUUACCUGAUGCUUCCUGGGAGUCAGAGUGUAGCAUUCCUUUGCACCCCUCCCACACACAUCUUCCACAUGACCCUUGAAUAAGUGAUGAUGACUCUGUAACCAUACAGAAAAUCUGAAGUGAGUUGGUGACCUGUUUCUGGGACGGAAUGACCCUUUUGCAGAAAGCAGUAAAAGGGGUUGCGAAGUCAUGAUGCGUGAGUCUGGGACAGACCGGGCGAUGAGCGGCACUUACGAUGGACGCGACUCGGAGAUGGACGGGAGGCCCAGUGCGGAAGCCCCAGGUGCCCCUGAUCUCCCCCAUCUGCAGCAGCAGCAGCAGCAGCAACUACAGCUUCCAGUGUCAGUCGCCAUGACAACCCCCCAGGUCUUGACUGCACAGCAGAUGCAACAGAUGCUGAGCCCUCAACAAGUCCAGGUCUUGCUCCAGCAGCAACAGGCCCUUAUGGUACAGCAGCAGCACCUGCAGGAGUUUUACAAGAGUCAGCAGGACCAGCUUCACCUAAAUCUCCUGCAGCAGCAGCAGCCACAUGCAGGGAAGCCAGCUAAAGCAGGAUCAGCUCUACAGCUUUCCCUCCAGCAGCAGCUCCUGCAGGUACAGCAGCAGCACCUCCUCAGUCUACAACGGCAGGGUCUGCUGUCCAUCCAAGCUGCUCAGGGUGCAUUGGCCCAUCCCCUUGCUCACGGUGGGGUUCAGGUUGAGCGGCCGCAUUCACGCAAGGAAGCCAAAAGCACAAUGGUGAAAGAGGAGAACGGCAUCAAUAUCCACGGCAACGAGGAUCUCCCAUCCUUUGCUGUCAGCUCUCCGCUGCCUUUCAGCCAGCAAGCCCCCAUAAAUGGACAGCCAAAGAGAGAGAGUUCCACACCAGAUGUCCACCGCCACGGCAACCACCCUCUCUAUGGACACGGAGUGUGCAAGUGGCCUGGGUGUGAGGCGGUUUUUGAUGACAUUCAAGGAUUUCUCAAACACCUGCACAAGGAGCACACGCUGGACGACCGCAGCGCUGCGCAGUGUCGCGUGCAGAUGCAGGUGGUGCAGCAGCUGGAGCUGCAGCUUGCCAAGGACAGAGAGCGUCUGCAGGCCAUGAUGAAUCACUUACAUGUGAAAUCUACUGAAACCAAAGCUGCCCCACAGCCAGUGAGUCCACUCAACCUGGUGUCAAACACCAUCUUCUCAAAGACGGGCAUUCCGGAGGGUUCUCCACCCCUGAGCUUGCCCCAGAAGCCAGCCACAUCCAUCUCCCAAACCCCAUCUGUCAUCAGCACCAACAGCCUGUACGCUGUGGGUCCCGUCCGAAAGCGCUACUCAGACAAAUACAUGCCCAUGUCCCCAGAUAUGGUCCAGAACAAAGAGUUCUACAGGAGUACUGAAGUAAGACCCCCGUUCACUUAUGCCUCCCUUAUAAGGCAGGCCAUUCUGGAAUCACCAGAAAAGCAGCUGACACUAAAUGAAAUCUACAACUGGUUUACAGCAAUGUUUGCUUAUUUCAGACGCAACACAGCCACAUGGAAGAACGCAGUCCGCCAUAAUCUCAGCCUUCACAAGUGUUUUGUGCGGGUAGAGAACGUUAAGGGGGCUGUGUGGACGGUGGAUGAGGUAGAGUUCCAAAAGCGAAGGCCGCAAAAGACAAGUGGAUCUUCAUCACUGAUGAAGUGCAUGCAGACCAGCCUGUCCUACAGUCCAGUUCUAGCUAAUUUUGAGGUGCCGGUGGGGGACAAACACAUCCCACUCUACACUACUACUUCUGCAGGGAGCCCCCCCCCAAACUCACAGGCCACUGCACCCUACGAGGAGGCCAACGGUUUCACGGAGGAGAGCACUGACAGUUACGAGAGUCCUGGACCUUCCUCCAUGCCAGUCACGACUGAGGUAAAUGUCAAAGAUGAAGAAAUGGACACAGAGGACCAGGAAGUAACACCAAGUCACGUGAUGGCCGAGGACCAAGACUCAGACGUCAGUCAGGACAGGGAAUACGCAGAUCGAUCGAAGGGCAACGGCGAUGCUCAUCUUGCGUAGUGAAAAUCAGCAACCAGUGAGGAACUGCAACUCCUUUCCAUCGCAAUCGUCAGUUUUUAAUGACAGCGACAGAAUGUCUUAAAUGACUCAAGUACCACUGAACCCUGAAAAAAAUACUCCAAAAUCCAGUUGGUAGUGUUUUGUAUUUAAUUUCUACUUUUCUGCUUUUCACGGUCGAGUUUUUUCUUAUAUAUUGGUAGAUGGAUCUUUUUUUAUUUUAUUUAAAAAAAAAAAAAAAAUAAAAAAAAAAAAAAUAAAUAAACUUGGGUCUUUCAGCUGGUGCUGAAUUGAAGGGCAGUUGAUGGGUGUCACAGGGAGGGGCCUGUUCAGUUAAAUGGAGCAUGCAAGUCUGAGCAGCCCUCACACACCCCGACCAGUUUGUCUAGAGGUAAUAUUGACAAUAUGUUGUGCAUCUUGUUCAUGGCAACGCUUUGAUUGAAUUGUAAAGGUAUUUGGUCAAGGGCAGAAAUGACAUUUUGAUCUUGCCUGUGGUUCAUACAGACUGCACACCUUCAAUUUAAGACUUUUUUUUUUUUUUUUUAAAGCUGUUGUAAGAAUUCAGGUGAACUGAAUUAAACUGAUGCAGUAAAUAUAGAAUUUUAAAAUGUCAUAGUGCAGUAACAGAAAUUGAAAUUGUUCAGAGCUAUAGAAACGAUGCACCUCCUGAAAGGAAUGGUCUCAGCAACAGACUUAGCCCAAUAUUAAGGAGAACAAGUGAAUGAAACUUAAAAUGAAAAAUUAUAUUAUCAAAAUGCUCAAUUUUAAGCAAUGGGGUCAAAGUUGUCCGCUUCUGUGAGUGAUUAUUCGGGGCCUUUUCCAGAGCAUCUUUUGUUUGCUCAUAGUGACUUGCUCGCAGCAGUUCUCGUUUUUACAAGAAAUGCACUGUAAUGCACACACCAGAAGCAUAUUUAGGCUUUCAUCAUAGCUGUACCUGUACCCCCUGCGUGGUUCAGUCAAUAAUUACUGUGUGUGUGCAGUAUGUGUAUAUACAUAUAUAUAUAUAUUACACACAUAUACAUGCUGUCCAAUAUUUUGCACAAGUUAUUUUGAAUUUUAUUUGUCAACACUGAAUGUGAUUGUGGCCCAUAUUUACCAUUAUUAGAAAGGUGAAUGGUUUAGUUAGGCCAGGUCCCCUUCCAGGGAUCAGUGUCACUUGUCAGGUUUAUUAUGCAAGUUUUGGUACAGACUGUACAGCAAAUGGCACUGCCAUCCUCAAUAGCCUGUUAACACAGUCUGUUAAAUGCCCAAAAAGCAUUGCAAGGAAACUGGUAGAUUCUGGUGAGCUUGUAAAAAUGAAUGGAUGUCCUCCCAAAAAAAAGAAAAUCCCAGCCAUUUAAUCCACCAUUGUGCUGAACUAGCUGUCAAUGGGGUCUGAAACAAAAUUAACUUGGUUUCUUACAAACACGCAGCAGCUUGGGUGUGUGCACAGUUCAGAAAAUUGUGUGAUGAUUGCUAAUUAUAAUCCUGGUGUAGUACAACUGGACAGUGCUGCACAUUUUAGGCCGCAGCGCACACACACACACACACACACACACACACAC